AUGGUGUACAUCCGACAACAUGAAUUAUCGAACCUCAAGGACUAUCGUUAUGCCGGCGUUGACCACUCGCUCAUCAGCCGAUAUGUCCUCAAACCGUUCUAUAAUAAUGUUGUGAUCAAGUUCUUUCCGAUGAGCAUGGCACCUAAUGCUAUCACCUUGACAGGCCUUUUCUUCGUCUUGAUCAACCUCUUCACCGUCCUAUACUAUAACCCCACUCUGGAUCAGGACUGCCCACCAUGGGUCUAUGCAAGUUGCGCCAUCGGUAUAUUCCUGUAUCAGACGUUCGACGCUGUAGAUGGAAUUCAGGCACGGAGAACAAAGCAGAGCGGCCCUCUUGGCGAGCUUUUCGAUCACAGCGUUGACGCUUGCAACACGGCCCUGGGAGUCUUGAUCUUCGCCGCAGUCAUGAACCUCGGCCAGUCUUGGGCUACGGUUCUGACUCUUUUCGGAUCUACCAUGACCUUUUACGUCCAGACUUGGGAUAUGUACUAUACACAGGUCUUGACGCUAGGCAUUGUCUCUGGCCCCGUUGAAGGAGUAUUGACGCUCUGUGUCGUGUUCGGUAUCACCGCAUACAUGGGAGGCGGAAGCUUCUGGCAUCAGCCUAUGCUUGAGACAGUCGGUGUUCCCAGAUUUGACUUCAUUCCUGAGCAGCUCUAUGAUUUGCCCUUCACGCAGUGGUAUCUCAUUUACGGUGGGAUCAUGCUCUUCUUCGCCACUGGCUCGAGCAUUGCACAUGUCAUUCAGGUCCGCAGGGGACGCGGCAAGGAUUCAAUCACCCCCCUUUUCGGCAUCCUUCCUCUCGUUUCGAUGUGGGUACUUGCGCCGGCGUAUCUGUACCUCAACCCGGCGGUUCUUGAAAACCACCUUAUUCCUUUCGCCUUAUAUGUUGGUCUGAUCAAUGCAUACGCUGUUGGACGAAUAAUCUGUGCCCAUCUGGUCCACCAGGAGUUUCCCUACGCCAACAUUCUCCUUGGACCUCUUGCUUUGGCAGUGGUUGAUAACGCCGGUGCGAUGUUUGGUCUCUGGUCGUACCCUUUGAUCGAGACAAUCGGACAGCCCGCUUUCGUUUUCCUGUGCCUGGGAUUGGGUCUGGGUAUCUACGGAAGCUUCGUGCAUGAUAUCAUUACGACCAUUUGCGAUUACAUUGAUAUCUGGUGUUUGACCAUCAAGCACCCAUACGUGCCAGAGGCGUCCGUCAAUGGCGAUGUCGUUAGAGCGGCCAAGAAGAACCUAUAA